UAUGAAAAAGUGGUUUACGCUCGUAUUGCUCGAGUAUUACUACCGAUGGUUGAAUCUGUUACCCUUCAAGAGCUAUAUAAAGCUGCCGAUCGUUUGAGUGCUACGCAAAGACGAGUCACUAGAAUGUC